CUCCCACAUACACACACACACACACGAAGUCACUUCUUCCCGAGUGUCGCGCUCUUUUGUCACUUCUUAAAGUGAUCUCCGGUUGUCUUAAUUUCGACAGUUUGGUGGGAACAGCUCCAGUAGUGGUGUGUUGUGUCUCCUCGCUCGCUUGGUGGUCGCCAGGCGCCGAGUCGACGCCCGGCCGGGGGAUUUAAAAGUCGAAACCGAAGCCCGUCGGGUGACAGAGUGGAUAACAGUGACGAGACACCGGGAGCCACUUCUCAUUUAUGGGAUCACAGGAAAAUCCCUCCCAUAGUUGGGCUGGAUAGCUGAGGUCAGAUCACUAGCUAGCGGAGUUCCAUCUGGAGGGUCGCUCAAGUUGGUAAUGAUGCCUGCUUCCAGGAAGCCCAGGUUUUUAUGGCAGAAGAACCGGAAAGGGUGUGUGUCGUCUUCCGCUAUGAGUGUCCGAAUGGGGAAGGUGAGCGACGAGCUCUUGCUUUCUCAGCCCCUGUGGGAGUAUCUAAUGGCAGAGCCACGCCGCAUGGCGGAGUUCCAGAAGAAGCACGGGGUGUGUGCCGAACGCCUCCAAGACACUCAGGGCAGGUGCACCAUCCGAUUGCAGCUGGCCGAGGGCACUGGCGCCGUUACGACCGCAAUGCGUAAAGCCUUCAUGUCUCUGUGCCGGGCAGCACACAAAGAUAUGACCAAGGAGAUGGAACCGGGCAGGAAGCGCUCCCUGCGGCAGGCGCUGCACUGUGUGGCGGGCAACGUGGCAGAGGAGCCGUGCUCACGGAAGUCACAGAGGCAGAGGCUCCAGACUGCGAACACAGAGGCGCCGGAGGCCGUGAAGCAGGGCGACCCAGGGGUGGCAGUCGAGGCCGAUUUCAGAGCCACCGGCAGCACGGCUAACUACGAGGCGGACGGCGAGGACCCGAGCUGCUCCAUCUGCAUGGGGGAGAUGGUGGAGAGGGAGACACUGGACAAGUGCGGCCAUUCCUUCUGCAAGGAGUGCCUGAAGCAAGCCUUCCAGGUCAAGCGAGCCUGUCCGGUGUGCCGGCUGGUCUACGGGAAGCUGAUUGGCAAUCAGCCCGUCAAUGGGACAAUGAUGGUGGAGAGGUACACUGAUCUGGAGCUGCCUGGAUACGAGGGACACGGCUGCAUCUGCAUUGUUUACAGCUUUCCACCUGGAAUUCAGGGGCCAGAGCAUGUCAACCCUGGCGUCUGCUAUCCUGGCACAAACCGAGUGGCAUACCUGCCGGACAACCGAGAAGGAAACCGCAUCCUGCACAUGCUGAGGAAGGCCUUUGACCAGCGGCUCAUCUUCACAAUCGGCACCUCCAUGACUACGGGCUUGAGCAACGUCAUCACUUGGAACGACAUCCACCACAAGACCAGCAUCUGGGGAGGACCGCGCCGCUUUGGAUACCCUGACCCGACUUACCUCGUCCGAGUGUCUCAAGAGCUUCAGGAGAAGGGCAUCACUCCAGACUGACGCUGCCCUCUAGUGGCCACCACUCACUCUGCACGGACGGACGGACAGACUGGCUAACUGAUGGACCUGUUUUCAUCGGUCCACACUUCUCGAGGAGGCGGAGGGUGGCAGUGCCAGGUGGCACCACUGGCUGUAACUGUGGGGUGUGUUAACUCAGUGCCUUACCAUGACAGGAGGAGUGUGUGGUGCAUCUGGAUGCCAGCUUGACCCGCAUCUGUCUCAGUCUGUCACAUUGUCCCCUCUGCCCUGUCACGCCCGCCGUCUGGAUGAGUUUACUGCAGCCUAGUGGCGCCCCCGGCUGGAGAAGAGAGGCGCUGCACUUUGCCCAGCUGCCCGCCCUUUGGUGCCUCGAGAUUCUAUGCAGUUAAAUGCCCGUUGCACUCGACCUUGAUGAAGGUGAACUGGUUGUGUUUUUUUCUCUUUUGUCCGGUGUGUUGGCAGCAGGGAGUGAAGUGCGAUUGCCAGCCAGUGUGUGUUGUGUGUUUGGUUGGCACGCGGUGCAUCCAAGUGUUCAAUAAAAGUUGCUCUUUUUGUGUA